AUGUCAUUGAGUUCAAGGUUCUUAGGCCUUUGGGUGCUGUUCAGUAUCUUUGUCCAUCAAGUAUAUGCCAAACAAGUUAAUGGUAUAUUCACCAGUAUCAAUUCAAUUCAAUUGUACCAAGGUAAUGGUUAUCCAUUUGAUUUCUAUAAGGUUAAUGUUGGUUGGAAAAUCACUCAAUCACAAAAUCUUCAAACUGGUGACACCUUCACAUUGAAUAUGCCAAACGUCUUUGAAGUUAGAUUAACACAAAAUGGUGGUUUUGGUAACUAUUUUGAUAUUGUUUUAGAUAAUGGUCAGCAUAUCGCAAGUUGUACUUUUGAUCAAGCAGGUGGAAGAGCAUCUUCAACAAGUGUCAACUGUCAGCUUACUGCAGAUAUAUCCAACUAUGAUACAUUGAAUGGUGAUUUGGAUUUUGAUAUUAUUUUUGAUGGUGGUGGAAGAAUUGAAACAACUUCAGCAGCAAGUCGUUGGACUUCAGGUACAAACACCAUUACAUUCAACAACAAUUUGUCAAAAACUGUCAGCUUCAACACUCCAAACACUGAUCCAGCUCAAUUUAUCUCAAGAUACACCAUGAAAGGUGAUGUUUUCUAUUAUUAUCUUGCUCCAAAGAACCUAUGUUAUGGUGCUGGUGUUAGAAGUGGUACUUUCACUUUUUCAGUGGGUAGUGGACCAGGUGAUUUUGGAAAAUUGGAUCAAAGUUUAACAGAAACCUAUUCAACAGGAAACAUUAGUCCAUUUGGUUAUCCAAAAUCAUACAGUGCACUUGGUGGUGCCAAUCCAUCAUAUUCAAGCAAUGGAAGAACUUUUACAACAACUUUCAACUCAAUCAAUUCUGGUGAACGUUUCUGGUUUUCAGGAUUCUCCAAGUACACCUACAUCUCUGGUACCUAUGCUGUGAGCUAUGAUUUACGUGUUAAUUGUAAUAAUGGCUGGACAGAUGAAUCAGCUAACACCAUUAAUCUCCAAAUUGUUCAAGGUAAUGCAGGAAGUGGUGGUGAUGGUACAGGUAAGUUCAAGUUUUAA